AUGUUCCACCACCACAAGCACCAAGACACCCAGCAACAUCAUAGUGCCAGCCAAGGCGGGGAGAACGACGACGACAGUGGCAAAUACCCCUCUCAGCAAAAGAGCCACUUGAAUGAAGCAGAGGAGGAAAGUCAACCUUCACAUCAUGGAGAGGAGGAAGGAGUUGUGAAUCGAUUUGAGAAUUAUAUUAAGGAGGAUGAGGAGUUGGAGAGAGAGGGGCAGACGUAUGGGGGGUUGAUGUAA